UUGAGAUAAACUUGAACGUAAAUAGGAUAACUAGUCACUUAAAUAUGUAACAUUCCGAAUGCUUACUCUAUGUUGCAUUAGUGUUACUAUCAUCAAUAAAGUUAUGUAAAUGACCAGAAUCCUUCAAUCAUUGACAGAAGGCUUAAUUGUAAGAUUAUUAUCUAAGUUAUCUAAAAUUUUAUAAGUUUUAAUGAAUAAUCGACUUAAAUUUUGCUUUCAUUGUGCAAAUCGUAUCAUCCAAUUCCUAGAAGUGAAAGUACAUAUAUCGAUAAGAAGUAAUUAUGUAUUGCAAUCUGUUGUAAGUUUCAUAGUCAUGCGCAUGAAGCAGUAGCGCAAUCUACAAUCAAGGGACAGUCACGAUAUUUAAUACCAUAGUUUCAGAGUACAAGUAAUUUUUUUUAAAUAACGAAACACUCAGUAAAUUAUAUGGCAACUGUUGAAAUAAACUGAUAAAUCGUAUCCUUUUGGUUAAAACUCAUUAUCUGUUUAACGAUAUCGUGAAUUUUAUCAAAAAUUCAAAGACGUGAUAUUAAAGAGUGUCUCCAAUAAGAACAUAGUUAUCGUUACAGUUAAAUUUUUCUUGUUUGAAGUUGGAACGUAUACGUGAAUAUAUGGAUUAAAGAUGUCUAUUUCGGAACAGGAGGUACUCUAUAGUCCCAGCAAAUGGAGCAAGAGAUUCGAUCAAAUGCAAAUAUUAUCGAAUUAUUAUAAAUUUGCAAAAAAGGUUACCGAUGACGCUCGUAAAAAUUUUAAAUGCGAAUUAAAUAUUCCAUAUGGAACAACAGAACGAACUAAAUAUGAUAUCUAUGGAGCUGACUUACCCAAAGAUUCCCCCAUAUUUAUAUUCAUUCACGGUGGUUAUUGGCAAGAAGGUAGCAAAGAUUUUGCUGCAUUUACAGUUCCUGUCUUUGUUAAUAAAGGAAUUAAAGUCAUAACCAUUGGCUAUGAUUUAUGUCCUAAUGUUAAAUUUGGGGAUAUAAUAUCUCAGAUAAAAAUAGCGAUUAAACAUAUAUUAAAGUAUGCAUUGAAUCUCGAAUGUCGGAAUGUUUGGCUCUCUGGUCAUAGCGCAGGCGCACAUUUAGCGUCCAGUAUUUUGUAUGAUAAAUUAUGGUUGGAUGAAAUGACGAAAAACGGAUACUUAAAUCUACUAAGGGGUAUCGUGUUAAUAGGAGGCGUUUAUAAUUUGAAUCCCCUGCUCGAUACGAAUAUUGUUACGCCUUUGAAACUUACAAAAGAUGAAAUCAACACAUAUAGCUUUACCACUCUUGAUACCAAAAAUAACACACUCAUCCAAGGGUUGAAAGUUAUUAUAACUAUUGGGGAAUGUGAUUCACCAGGACUUAUUAAUGAAUCACGCGAGUGUACUCAGCAACUUAUUACAAUAGUAGACGAUGUUCAUUAUAUAUUUCUUCGAGAAAAUAUUGACCAUUUUAAUAUCGUGGAAGAACUUACGAAUGAAGAAUUUAUUUUGACAAAAGUAAUACUAAAUAACAUCUUUCAUGAAUGAAAGAGAAUAAUUUAAUAACAUAAAAUCAGAAAUAAUAUAGAAACAUAUAAUUUUAAUGCGAUCAGAUAAAUUUAUAUUUAACAUAUAAAAUUUUUGUAUAUAUAUAUAUAUAUAUUUUGAUGUUCGUAAAAAAUUUAUUUAAUGUAAUAUAUCAGUAUACUAAUACAUUGUUACUAAAUUACAAAUUGUUUGUAAAAAAGUUA